AUGCUGAUAAAGCUGCGUACGGAACAUGUGGAAGACCUCUCUCUUUGCAAAAAUCUUAGUGUUUUAUAUUUAUAUGAUAACUGUAUUAGUCAAAUCACUAACCUGAAUUAUGCCACAAAUCUGACCCACUUAUACCUACAAAACAAUUGUAUUUCAUGUAUAGAGAAUCUCAGGUCAUUAAAGAAACUGGAAAAACUGUAUCUGGGAGGCAAUUACAUUGCUGUCAUAGAAGGUUUAGAAGGAUUAGGAGAACUAAGAGAGCUUCAUGUUGAGAGUCAGAGGCUUCCCCUUGGGGAAAAGCUUCUGUUUGAUCCAAGAACUCUUCAUUCCCUGGCAAAAUCCCUCUCUAUAUUGAAUGUCAGCAAUAAUAAUAUUGAUGACAUUAAAGACUUAGAAAUACUGGAGAAUCUUAAUCAGCUCAUAGCUGUUGACAACCAACUUCUGCAUGUGAAGGAUUUGGAGUUUUUACUGAACAAGUUGAUGAAGCUGUGGAAAAUUGAUCUAAAUGGAAAUCCUGUUUGUCUCAAACCAAAAUACAGGGACAGGUUGAUAUUGGUGUCAAAAUCACUGGAAUUUCUUGAUGGAAAAGAAAUUAAAAAUAUAGAAAGACAAUUCCUAAUGAAUUGGAAAGCAUCCAAAGAUGCCAAGAAAAUCAGCAAAAAAAGGAACUGUAAAAAUGAGGAUACAAGCAACUCGUUCAUAAGUAACUUUGAAGCAAUGCAUCACAUAGUUCCUGUUUAUUACCCACAGGUGGGUAAGCCAAAAUUAGUCUUUUUCUCUGAAAUACAGAGAUACCCUGUAAAUGGAAAUACAUCUCCAGAAAGUUCCCGAGAAGAUUACACUAAAAUUAUUAAAGAGAUGGGGAAUCUCUCUUUGAAGCAGUCUGAAAGCUUGCUGACAAAAAAUGAUGUGCAUGAACAUCACCUUCUCCAUAACCCCAAAGAAAAAGAAAAUUUGUUUGUGGAAAAUGAGUAAAUUCAGCCUCACGUGACAGGAAACGUUUGAUUUUGUUUUUAACCUUAUAGGACUAGGCAACAAUAUUUUUUUGGGGUUUGUGGCUUUAUGGUAUCUCAUUAUAUAAGAAAAACU